AGGACUCACUUUUAUAAUACAACAAUGUAGACACCUAAAAACAACCUAACAUCUACCAACGUAACUGCUAGUUAAUAAUGAUGAAUUGCACAAGAACAAUACAUCCUUUCUUCAUCUUUUCACAUACCUUUCUCAUAUUCUUUCACUUUUCAGUCGCGGUACCUAUCGGAAUUUGCUAUGGCCGUGUCGCCAACAACCUUCCGCCACCAACCACCGCCGUCAACAUCAUAACCACCAACGGAAUAUCAAGCAUCCGACUAUUCAACCCGAAUCCAGAGUCGCUACAACCAUUUUCCGGCACUCGAAUCCAACUCGCCAUCGGAGUCCCCAACGAAGAUCUCCCUUCCAUCGCCGCCGGCACCACCACCACCGCUCACAACUGGCUUCAAUCCAACAUAUUCGCCCACGUCUCCCCCGACCAAAUCCGAUACUUAAUCGUCGGAAACGAAGUAUUUUUAAAAGAACCAUAUUACACGUCUCAUGUCAUUCCGGCCAUUUUCAAUAUUUACCAAGCGUUACAUAUUCUAAACUUAACGGACAAAAUAAAAAUCUCAUCAGCCCAAGCAGCUUCUAUAUUAUCAAACUCUUACCCUCCUUCACAUGCAAUAUUCGACCCGAAUAUAUUACCCGACUUGACCCGGUUACUUCGGUUUCUCCACGACACGUCAUCACCCUUAAUGGUGAAUGUGUACACUUAUUUUAGUUACAUUAACAAUCAAGAAUAUGUGACAUUAGAUUAUGCUUUGUUAAAAUCUGGAAGUGAAAUGAUUGAUCAAAAUUUGGUCUAUGAAAACUUAUUCGAUAUGACGAUUGAUGCGUUUAUAUACGCGAUGGAGAGGGAAGGGUACGGUGGGAUACGGGUGGUGGUGACGGAGACAGGGUGGCCGACUGCAGGUGGUGAAGCGGCGAAUGGUGAGAACGCGUUGGUUUACAAUGGGAAUGUUGUGAAAAGGAGUUUGAACAACGUUGGUACGCCGAAAAGACCGGGGAUUGGUGUUGAGGUUUUUUUGUUUGAUUUGUUUGAUGAGAAUGAGAAAAUGGGGAAUGAGUUUGAGAAACAUUUUGGGAUAUUUGGGAUUAAUGGUGUGAAGGCAUAUGAUCUUGUUUUGUAUUGAAUAAGAUGGGCAAAUUGAACAUGUAGACUAAAUUGUAGGAGAUAAUAAAUUAAAGUUUAAAUGUGUUUGCUCUA